AUUAAUUUAUUACAUGUUAUGUUAUGUUGGGUUCCUUAAAAUGCUGUGUGUGAUACCCGCGCCAACGAAGCAACACAAAUUGAGCACAUCGAAUUGAAGUGGUGCGUGAAUGCAUGGAAGACACUGAGAUCGAGAGCGAACCCUUGUCCCGCAUGGAGCCUCCCAAAAUCCAGCGCCUGAGUGACUCCGUCGUCAACCGAAUCGCCGCCGGCGAGGUCAUUCAGCGUCCUGUCUCCGCCGUCAAGGAGCUCCUCGAGAACAGCCUCGACGCCUGCGCCUCCUCCGUCAAUCUCCUCAUCAAGGAUGGCGGCCUCAAACUCAUCCAAGUCUCCGACGACGGCCACGGAAUCCGAUUUGAGGACUUGCCGAUUCUGUGCGAGCGCCACACGACGUCCAAGCUCUCCGCGUUUGAGGACUUGCAGCGCAUCAAGUCGAUGGGAUUCCGCGGCGAGGCUCUCGCUAGCAUGACCUAUGUCGGUCACGUCACCGUCACCACCAUUACCAAAGACCAGUUGCACGGUUACAGGGUGUCCUACAGAGAUGGUGUCAUGGAGCACGAACCCAAGCCAUGUGCUGCUGUUAAAGGAACACAGAUAAUGGUUGAGAAUCUGUUUUAUAACAUGGCUGCAAGGAAGAAGACACUGCAGAAUACUUCUGAUGAUUAUUCAAAGAUUGUAGACUUGGUAAGCCGAUUUGCUAUUCAUCACAUGAAAGUCAGUUUCUCUUGCAGAAAGCAUGGAGCUGUUAGAGCUGAUGUUCACACUGUUGCCACGUCUUCAAGGCUAGAAGCCAUCAAAUCUGUUUAUGGUGUCUCAGUUGUUCGCAACCUGAUUGAAAUUGAAGCUUCAGAUGAUGAUAUGUCUUCUUCGGUUUUUGAGAUGCAUGGCUACAUGUCCAAUGCGAAUUAUGCUGCAAAGAAAAUCACAAUGGUGCUUUUCAUCAAUGAUAGACUGGUUGAGUGCUCUGCAUUGAAGAGAGCUAUUGAAAUUGUUUAUGCAGCGACAUUACCAAAAGCUUCUAAGCCCUUCAUAUAUAUCUCAAUUGUUUUACCACCCGAAAAUGUUGAUGUCAAUGUACAUCCGACAAAGAGGGAGGUGAGCCUUUUAAAUCAGGAAGUCAUCAUUGAGAAGAUACAGUCAGUGGUUGAAUCAACAUUGAGGAGUUCCAAUGAGGCAAGGACAUUUCAAGAACAAACUACUGCACAAUCUCCACUACCUCGUAUUAAUAUAAGUAAGGAGGUUGACCUCAGCCCUAUUCCAACAGGUUCAAGACCAUUGAAAGUUCCUGUACAUAAGAUGGUUAGAACAGAUUCAUUAGAUCCCGCUGGAAGAUUACAUGCCUACACACAAAUUACGUCUGAUAGAAAUCUUGAAAUGAGUGCUAGUUUGAAUGCUGUGAGGUCUUCCAUUAGACAAAGAAGGAACCCAAAAGAUUCUCUAGAACUCACAAGUGUUCAACAACUUCUUGAUGAGAUAAAUAGCAAUUGUGAUCCUGGCAUGAUGGACAUUGUAAGGCAUUGCACAUAUGUUGGAAUGGCAGAUGAUGUUUUUGCUUUGCUUCAACAUAAUACCUGUCUUUAUCUUGCAAAUGUUGUGAACUUGAGGCAGUCAAUUAAAAUGGUCAGAAGGAGGAAGAGAUGCAAAGAACUCAUGUAUCAGCAAGUUCUCAGCCGUUUUGGCCAUUUCAAUGCCAUUCAACUAAAUGAUCCAGUUCCCUUGAAAGACUUGAUUAUAUUGGCACUCAAGGAAGAGGACCUAGAUUCGGACUGUAAUGAUGAUGACACAUUAAAAGACAAGAUUGCAGAAAUGAACACAGAACUGCUGAAACAAAAGUCUGAAAUGCUGGAGGAAUAUUUCGGCAUUCAUAUUGAUGAGCAUGGAAAUGUCUCUAGACUUCCUGUGAUACUUGAUCAAUACACUCCAGACAUGGAUCGGGUCCCAGAGUUUGCUCUUUGUUUGGGCAAUGAUGUUGACUGGGAAGAUGAAAAGAGUUGCAUUCAAACGAUUUCAGCUGCUCUGGGAAACUUCUAUGCUAUGCAUCCACCGAUGUUACCCAAUCCAUCUGGUGAAGGUUUUCUUUUUUACAAGAAGAGAAAAAUGAUGGAUGACUGUGUUGAAGAGAAUACCCAUGAUAAUAUCGGGAGUGACGUGAUUGACAAUAAAGUUGAACAUGAACUACUUUCUGAAGCUGAGACUACUUGGGCCCAGCGCGAAUGGUCAAUACAACAUGUGCUUUUUCCUUCCAUGAGACUCUUUUUCAAACCACCUGUUUCUAUGGCUACUGAUGGAACCUUUGUACAGGUAACUUCGCUGGAGAAACUGUAUAAGAUUUUUGAAAGAUGUUAGGCCAUCAUAUGGAUUGAGACUACCGGUUGUUGGGUUUGGGCAUUUUGGGUUUGGAUUAAUUGUGUUCCUUUGUAUUCUCUGUAAAUACGUAUCUAGAUUAUUCAGGUAUUA